ACCAUAUACCUGUGAUCUGAUUAGAAGACCUCAUACCUGUGAUAUGUUUCUUUGUCUAAAAAGACUGAAGACUUGACAAUAACUGUCCAAAAACUCUCUUAAGCCGUGGGUACUAACUAAAUCCAAUCAAACCAAAGUGUUAUGUUUCCCAGUCUCUGUGACAGAGACUGAUGAUAAUUUAAAUCCGUGGGUAUCUAGAAGAAAUCCAACCAAAGUGUUAUGUUCCUCAAGACUGAUGGAUUUUUUAAGCUGUGGGUAAAAGGAUUGUUUUUUUUUGUGAGAGGAUGCUCCAUUGAUCCUCCAAGUUCAUGAGCCUCAUAUGAGCUACUCCGUUUCGGCAGAGUUUGAAUUCUGGGAAUCCGAUUCUAAAGAGCUAUGAUAUUAUUUCUGUUAGGCCGAUGAAUCAGAAUUCCUUCGAUUAUGCUUGUGAGAAAGCUGAGGUUUGUAGGUUAUGAAUCAGAAUGUCUCCCCAAUUGAGUUUUUUUCUGGUUGAUAUGAUUUCGAUUGAUUUCACAAACAAGUUGUUACUCGUGGAUUGGACUAGGGGGAAGAAUCUGAUUAUAUCCAAGUGGUGUUCCUUCAGUCACAGAAAAUUAAUUCUGGCAUGGUUUGUGAUUUUUGUGUUCAGAUUGAUAUCUUGAAGCGAUUACAGAGAGAAGCAUUCUCGGAUUUGAUGAAACUUAGAGAUCCAUCUUCUGUUGCAGGUACAAUCAUCUCUAACCUCGCAGAUGUGGUUCUUUCGUCCCUCUACAACAACAAAGCCAAGAAUGUGCUGCAGGCUGUGAGGAACAUUGGGUUUGUUACUCUUUUCACCAGAAUUCUUCCUGUUAGGACCCUGCAGGACACAUCGAUUGGCAAUUGCUUUCACUUUUGUGUUUUUACAAGGUAAUUCAGCCUCAAAAUCUCUUGAUGGACUGAAAGACAAUGACCCUCAAAAUAGCUGAUCUAAUGAUGUUAUUACUCCCAUGAUUCCCUUUGUAACUGUAUUUAUAUCAAUUUGUAAUAUACGGAUUACAAAAUCCAAAA